AUGAGCAGUUCGUGCCCCCCGUCACAGAUAGAUUACUUGCAACUUUGCUUGUCAAGCUUGUUUACUCCGCAUAGCCUCCCCCGAUCCGUGCCCCAAAAGUCUGUUGACAUCUGUGACGGAGGUGGAUUCUCAUCCGACUACGAUACCCCAUCAAGCCGACCAACGGGUUUCGCUUCCUUCCGUCGGCUCUACGGACGCAAUAUCUGUGUGGUGAGAGUUCUUUUGACUGAUCGUUUCUGGACAGGACUGGGUGGUGGUCGAGGCACAGAGGGGCGUUUGAUCCCUGGCUUGCUGCGAUUGGUCCCCAAGAACGUUUUUGUCACUGCGCUAUUUUUGACCGGCCGAGAAGCAGACACGAGCGACUGUAAGAGAUGUCAUACAACACCAGAGCUGCUGAGAUGA